UACGGACUACAAGCAAAUAUUCUGUCAGUAUAUAAAUCGACCUUUACAGAGAUUCUGUGUUCAAUAACUCAUUUUUAAAAGGGUGAAUAAAACGUUUUUAGUAUGACAGUGAAAGCUCCCACUAUUGUGGGCAUUUGUGCUAUGCUCCUCAUUUUAACAGAUCCCAGCAUGCAGGAUUCCACCACCCUCAUGAAUGAUGCAGAUUUUACCAAAAGCUCAGAAAACUUCGCUUUUAGGCUUGCCUCCCAAUUGGUUAAACCUAAUGAAAAGAAAAAUAUCAUUUUUUCACCAUUCUCCAUUCAAACAUGUCUGUCAAUGGCUCGCAUGGGAGCUACCGGGCAAACAGCUGCCGAAAUGGACAAAGGAUUGGGCUUUCCCGCGGUAAAGGAGGAAACCUUGGCCGAUAAGUACUUUGCGAUCUUAUCUCAAUAUGCUAAUAGCAACAUUUUGAAGAUCGCCAAUAAGAUUUAUGUCAUGAAGAACUAUGAAGUACUGACCAAGUUCAAUGAUUUGCUUACCCAAAAAUUCUUCUCAAAGGCUGAAAAUAUCGAUUUUGCUCAGAAUACCCAAGCAGCCAAUAACAUUAACUCAUGGGUGGAAACGAAAACUAAUCAUUUGAUCAAGAACCUUAUAUCGCCGGACUUGUUGAACAAGGAUACACGCAUGGUGUUGUUGAAUGCCAUUCACUUUAAGGGAGAGUGGGUGAAUAGCUUUCCGGAAAGAAAUACCAAGGACAAAGAUUUCUAUUUGGAUGAACAGAACAAAGUCAAGGUGAAAAUGAUGCAUGUUCGUUCUCGUUUUCGCUAUGGCGAAUUUGCAGAACUGGAUGCCACUGCAUUGGAAAUGCGUUACAAAGAUUCUGAUCUAUCCAUGUUGGUGUUGUUGCCCAAGUCUCGCACUGGCUUAGCCAAGUUGGAGGAGAAACUGAAGUCGGUAUCGCUAAACGAAUUGGCCCAGAAAAUGUAUACUACUGACGUCAUUGUAGACUUCCCGAAAUUUAAGACCGAAUUCAAUGUAGAACUAAGCGGAGUUCUUCAACAGUUGGGCAUGGCACGCAUGUUCUCCAGAGAGGCUGAGUUUGGCAAUAUGUUGAACACAACAGAGCGUUUGGCAGUUUCGAAAGUAAUUCACAAGGCCUUCAUUGAUGUUAACGAAAAAGGAACGGAGGCUGCUGCUGCCACAGGUAUGACAAUGAUGCGGAUAACCUCUGCAAGUCUGCCACCACCCAGUCCUAAAGUAUUCAAUGCCAAUCAUCCAUUCUAUUAUAUUGUUAGGAACACAAAAGGAAUGAAUUUGUUCCAGGGUUCCCAACUAGUAUUCAAAUAAGCCAAAUAUCAAAGAUAUGAACUGCAUCACAUAUUUUAUUGGUCGAGGGAAACAUAUCUAUAAAUUUGAAUAUAUAAAUACUUAUUACUAUUGUGCAAUAUAUAAUGAAAUAAAAUUUAAUAACUGGACUUUAUAAUACACAAAA